CCCCCACCUUUGGUGGGGUUCAGCAAUUGACAGCCGGUUGUUAGUCGACGUAGCUAAUCGCUAAUAGGAGUAGUGGUGGCUUUAUUCUCACAGCUGUGUCGCAUUAAAUUAUAUAUAUAUCCUACCUGAGGCUAGAUAUUUAUGUCGUAGUGUUGCUGGCUAUCUUACAUUAGCCAACGUCAGCUGAAAAGGGAGUCCUCCCUGAAUGUCUUAACUCGCAGCGUGUUGGUAGCUAGCGAAGAGGAGGGUGGGGACAAAAACUUCCAAGACCUCGCCCAGUCGUUGCUUCUUUCCAGCAGGCAGCUACUAUCUUGACGGUGUGAGAGAACCACACCUCUAAGCCAACCGGUUAUUUAAGCGGAGAGUGACAAAACGGUGUCAAUUCAUCAGCAAGUAUGUUCAGAAAAAACUUAAAGAAGGACCCCGAGCUGUUUCAGAACGUGUCGGAGGGGCUGCGGCGGCUCUACCGGACCAAACUGUUCCCGUUGGAGGACACGUAUCGAUUCCACGACUUCCACUCCCCUGCACUCGAAGAUGCCGACUUCGAUAACAAGCCCAUGGUACUCCUGGUGGGUCAGUACUCUACCGGCAAGACCACCUUCAUCCGACACCUCAUGGAGCAGGAUUUCCCCGGUAUGCGGAUUGGUCCCGAGCCGACCACAGACUCUUUCAUUGCUGUGAUGCAUGGCGAACAGGAAGGGGUGAUACCGGGUAAUGCGCUGGUAGUCGACCCAAAGAAGCCCUUCCGCAAACUCAACGCUUUUGGCAACGCGUUCCUCAACAGGUUCAUGUGUGCCCAGUUGCCUAACCCUGUCCUGGAGAGCAUCAGUAUCAUCGAUACUCCUGGAAUCCUGUCAGGGGAGAAACAGAGGAUAAGCAGAGGUUAUGAUUUUGCUGCAGUGCUGGAGUGGUUUGCCGAACGCGUGGACCGCAUCAUCCUCCUGUUUGAUGCCCACAAGCUUGACAUCUCUGAUGAGUUCUCCGAGGUGAUCCGAGCGCUCAAGAACCACGAGGACAAAAUGCGCGUAGUGCUGAACAAGGCGGACCAGAUCAGCACUCAGCAGCUGAUGAGGGUCUAUGGAGCGCUGAUGUGGUCUCUGGGAAAAAUCAUCAACACGCCUGAGGUGGUGCGUGUGUACAUUGGAUCCUUCUGGGCCCAGCCCCUGUUGGUGCCAGAUAACAGGAAGUUGUUUGAGGCAGAGGAGCAGGACCUAUUCAUGGACAUCCAGUCUUUGCCACGAAACGCAGCACUACGCAAACUCAAUGACCUCAUCAAGCGUGCACGCCUUGCCAAGGUACAUGCCUACAUCAUCAGCUCUCUGAAAAAGGAGAUGCCAAGUGUGUUUGGAAAGGACACCAAGAAGAAGGAGCUGAUAGCCAGUCUGGGAGAAAUCUACCAUAAGCUUGAGAAGGAACACCAGAUCUCACCUGGAGACUUUCCCAGUGUCACCAAGAUGCAGGAGCUGCUGAAUGGCCAAGACUUUACCAAGUUUGCUUCGCUGAAGCCCAAGCUGCUGGAGGCAGUGGAGGACAUGCUCGCCAAUGACAUCGCCCGUCUCAUGGCCCUGGUGCGCCAGGAAGAGGCCACCAUGCCUAGCCAGUCUGUCAAGGGUGGAGCCUUUGAGGGAACCAUGAGUGGUCCCUUUGGUCAUGGCUACGGCGAGGGCGCCAGUGAAGGCAUUGAUGAGUUGGAAUGGGUAGUGGGUCGCGACAAACCUACAUAUGAUGAGAUCUUCUACACCCUCUCUCCCAUCAACGGCAAGGUGUCUGGUGCUGCAGCCAAGAAGGAGAUGCUGAAGUCCAAGUUGCCCAACACGGUGCUAGGAAAGAUCUGGAAGCUAGCAGAUGUGGAUAAAGAUGGCCUCCUCGACGAUGAGGAGUUUGCUCUCGCCAACCAUCUAAUCAAGGUGAAGCUGGAGGGCCAUGAGCUGCCAUCCUCGCUUCCUGAUCACCUGAUACCCCCGUCCAAACGUGGGACAGUCCUUCAGGCCUAGAGGAGGAGGGAGCAGCCUGGAGAUGAGCCACGUUGAUGCUAUGCGUCAUGUUUGGGACUCUCCAGGCAAAAGGUCCAACCACAAGCAUCGACAGCAUCAUCCCCCAUCAAGCUGUGAGUCUCCAGGCAUCUUCACGUGGCCUGAGGAGGUAUCGCUUUGAUUGUUUUCACCAGAGAGAGACUGGAGGGUUUCAUGGGGAGUGUGGGGAAAGGACAGGUCCAUCUGUGUUGGGGGAUAAAGUUCAGGUAUCUAUUGGAAAUAAAUAGGGGUGGGGAGUUGGCAAAUGAUGAAAAGACAUUACUACAUCGUGAACUGAUGGGUAGCUGGAGGUUGCAUGAUGGUUCUGAACUUGGAUUUGUACAUCUGUGUAAAAGAUGUCUUAUAAGCAUAUGGUCCAUAUUAUUUUAUGUUGAUCCAAAGAAAAGGUUUUUUUCAUUUGGAAGAGAGGAAACAAAUCAAAACCUUAAUUGUUUUAUCUAUAUUUUUGUAUUUCCUGACUGCUAACCUUGACUCUUUCCAAAUGCUUCCCUUUUUAUUAAUUUGCCAGAUAAAUAAAGAGGAAUAUGCAUCACUGAA